AUGAUCAAGCAGGCCCCAAAUCGCAUUUGCUUCGGCAUCCUAGUGCCGUCCUCCAACACGGUGCUGGAGCCUCUCUCGCAACAGAUCAUCUCUCAGCUGGAGAAUGUCUCGGCCCAUUUCGCGCGCUUUCGAGUGCUCAAAAUCGCCCUGGACCCCGACGCCCUGGCACAAUUCGACAACAGCGCCAUCAUCGAGGCCGCCCGCCUGCUCGCGGACGCCAAAGUCGACGUGAUCGGCUGGAGCGGCACCUCCUCAGGGUGGCUCGGCUUCGACGCCGACGUGAAGCUCUGCGAGGAGAUUACGGCCGCCACCGGCAUCCCUGCCACGACGUCGGUGCUCGGCCUCAAUCGACUCAUCAAGCGGCUGGGGGUUACACAGAUGGGCCUGCUGACCCCGUACACCGACGACGUGCAGUCGGCGAUCAUCGAGAAUUACCGUGGGCUGGGCGUGGACUGCUCACUGGAACAUCAUCUAGGCCAGUCUGACAAUCGGGGAUUUGCCGCCGUUUCAGAGAAGACGCUCGACGACGGGUUCUGGCAGCUCGCACAGAAGGGAGUCGGGACCAUCAGCGUCUUCUGCACGGGUCUCAAGGCGGCCCACUUGGUGGACCGGUGGGAGGCCAAAGCUGGUGGUGGUGUCACGGUGUUGGACACGGUGGCGACGGUGCUGUGGGAUAUGUGCCGCAUCGCGGGCGUGGAUACGAGGUCGAUCCAGGGCUGGGGGGUGCUGUUCCAACAUUGUUGA